AUGGCCUCCUCGCCGCCCCCGCAAGGAGAGGGAUUGCUUCCUAGCAAGAAUCUCGCCGAACCCGAGACAUCUUCCCCGAGUCAUUCUCGACAUUUCUCCCGGUCGCCUCACCCGUAUCAUCGAAAAGGCUUGAAUUGUCCCGACCCGCAGUUGCUGCCUACGGACCCGGGCGACCGCUCACAACAUCCCCAUUGGCCGCGGACGUCCAGCGACAGUGGAACUGAGGCCGAUGAUGAGAGCACGGGGAUACUGAAGGGCUUGCCGGCGCCGCCUCUGCGACCGCGAAAGGGAUUGCGCUCCGGCUGGAAUGGCGCCGCGGAGAAUGAUCAGUGGUUGCCGGUGCUGCAGCCGUGGCCUUCGUUUGUGCGAUCUGCGUCUCGGAGCUCGCAGCGCAGUUCGAGCGAGGAGGUGGAAGCGGGCGUGACGGAGCUGCGCAAGAAGGUCAACAAAAGGCGACGCAUUGAGAUCCUGCGACGGUUGUUGGAGGCGGGCUUGCUCUUCUCCGUGGGCGCGGUUGUUUUGGGCCAGGAGAGUGCCAGGUCGCUUGCUUGGACCUGGAAGAAAGAGCUCCUGACCCAUGCCCUCCUCGUCACCGGACUAUACGCGGCCUACCCAUUUGCCAAAACUGGACGAAUAUGCCUUUCAAAACUAUCAUCCUUUAUCAUCCCAUCCACGUUCGAUCCUGCUCCACUGUUGUAUCCGAUCUUUAUACCCGUCUACGUUUCUUUGUCUCUCUCCCAUCAAAGCACCGCCCUUGUACUACCGAACAUUCUCCUUAGCCUUUCUUCUUUACCGGCCGCAGUCAUCCCUCUACAUGAGUGGACGCAUGGCGACAGCGUUGCGCAUUGGAUCAUCACGUUGAUUCCGAUUGUCAUCUCAGAGCAUUUCUUGUGGGACAGCACCGUGCCCCAGCCUCUAAACCUGCGCGGCCUUAAUUCCGAACUUUUGACUCUUGUUUUCCCUUUGCAUCAAGCGUUGAUACCCACUUUAGAUUUCUUGUUGACUUCCAGUGUUCUUCCAGCAGAACUCCAACUCCUAACCACUGCUCUCAUUAAUCUGUUUUUAUUUGCGGAUUCCCCCCAGGCCGAGAUUCUCAAGGCGUUACUAUGGCUUGGAAGCAUUUGUAUUUUUACCUCUUGUCGACAGAUCCUGCGCUGGGAGGUGGCUUUGGCCCGAAUCCCCAGCUGGAAAUUCCGACGGUCUCCCAGCGCCUCCCAAACCCCCAAGAACAUCCUCAAUUUUAUCGACCACAAGCUCUGUCAGAAACUCAGCCGAACGGGAUCCUCGGAAGAGCUUCUGUCGGACAGCGACUCGCCUGAUAGUCGAUUGGCACCGAUCUCUCGCAGGACGACGCAUGAGCUGCGGGAAAAGAUCUCGUCCGGGCAGCAACCAUUUGCAGCCGGCAAAGAGCCCACGGAGGACAGUAAUCCACAGCAGACACAGGCCACCCGCCGCCGACGGCACACUAUCUCGACCUUCGAGGAGGCCGUACGCUCGGAGCGGGUCAGGACUACUCCCAGCGGCCGACGAAAGCGUUCCAUGGCCCCGGGACUGGCGUCUUUCCUAUCCUUGACAGUACCUCAAGCGCAGGUGCGGAAGUGGCUUUACGCUAUCUACGUGUACUUCGUCGUGCUGGUCAUCAUUCUAGGCCCGGUCCGUAAAUACGUGGGCCAACGGGCGUUGCAUGGAGCCGAACCGUUCGGAUGGGCCCUCGGAUACUUACUUGGCAACGUCUCCUGGUUUCGGUUCUGGGUGGUGAUGGGGAACCUGGAGAACUGGAUUGUUCUCCCCGCACGCCUGGACAGCGACCUAUAUGCGACCUGCUCUUUAGGAUGGGUGGAGCACCUUCGACAAUGGACCUUUGGGGAGGCCAACACACGUCUUUGCAUUAUUGCGUACUGCAUGGCGGUCAUUUUGACCGGUCUAGGCGUGGUCUUUCGGCUCAGCGCCGUCGUUGAAGUCGAUACCAGACGCAAAGUCUUCCAUGGCAUGAUGGUGUUGAUGUUUCUGCCGACCAUCUUCGUCGACCCUACCUUUUGCGCGCUUGCGUUGGGAUUGGUACUCGCCAUUUUCCUUCUACUCGAUCUUUUCCGGGCCUCUCAGCUCCCGCCCAUCUCGCGACCGUUGACCUACUUCCUGGCUCCCUACGUUGACGGGCGCGAUCAUCGGGGACCCGUCAUCGUCUCCCAUAUCUUCCUCCUCAUCGGGUGCUCCAUCCCCCUCUGGCUGUCGCUGACCGACGUCUCCCGGACGGGCGAUGGCCCCUGGACAGGAUGGGAUGUACUGACUCGCGAUGUCAGUAUGGUCAGUGGCGUGAUCUGCGUCGGCAUGGGGGAUGCGGCCGCGUCACUCAUCGGUCGGCGGUUCGGGCGACUGAAAUGGUUCUGGGGAGGAGGAAAAUCGCUCGAGGGCAGCGUGGCCUUUGCGGUCGCUGUGACUAGCGGGCUGGUGUUUGCGCGGGCCUGGCUGGUCGUGGGCCAAUGGGACGUCAGUGGAAGCGACGGAGAGGCCCAUCAUGGCUGGUUGGCGACGCUGCUCAAGGCGGCCUUUGCGGCUGCAGGCACCAGCGCCACGGAAGCCAUCCUGACCGGGUGCAACGACAACGUCGUCGUGCCGAUUAUUCUGUGGCUGCUGGUCCGAGGACUGGGGGUGUAA